AUGCUCCUCUCCUUGGUGCCGGUGUUGCUGGUCUCAGCGUGGGCUGGCUGGGCUCAAGAGUUAAGCGAGGACAGAGUAAAUAAGAGAGGCAAAUCCGUGUCACCAAAUAUUCAUGAUGGUCAAGCUGUUUUGGACGAAGACUGUGGCCUGGAGCUCUCCUUUCUCCUGGACAGCUCUGAGAGCGCCAAGGACAAUCACGAGCAGGAGAAGCAGUUCGCCAUGAACUUGGUGGAUAAACUCCAGGGGACGCGUCUGGCCAACGGCCGGAGCUUGAGUCUGAGGGUAGCUCUGCUCCAGUACAGCAGUCACGUCAUCAUAGAGCAGACCUUUGGAGACUGGAGGGGGACGGAGAACUUCAAGAGCCAAAUCACUCCCAUCAUUUACAUCGGACAUGGCACCUACACCACCUACGCCAUCACCAACAUGACCAGGAUCUACAUGGGGGAGUCCGACGUCGGGAGCAUCAAGGUGGCUGUGCUGCUGACGGACGGCAUUUCCCACCCGAGGAACCCGGAUAUUUUCUCAGCCGUGGCUGAUGCCAAAAACCAGGGCAUCCGGUUCUUCACUCUGGGCAUCACCAGGGCGGCCAAUGAACCAGCCAACGUGGCCCAGCUGAGGCUCAUCGCCAGCUCUCCCGCCUCCACCUUCCUGCACAACCUGCAGGAUCGAGACAUAGUCGGGAAAAUUGCCACUGAAGUUACCACCUUGGCUAAUGAAGGGUGCCCGUUGGCUCAGAAAUGUGCCUGUGAGAAGGGGGAGCGGGGACCAAGUGGACCUGCGGGGAAGAAGGGUCGCCCUGGAGAAGAUGGCGCUCCGGGGCAGAAAGGUCAAAAGGGCGAGGCUGGACUGAGUGGUCUCGCCGGGCGAGAGGGAGCUGAGGGUAAACCUGGAUACAAAGGAGACAAGGGUGAGCGGGGGGAGUGUGGCACACCAGGAAUCAAAGGAGACCGGGGUCCUGAGGGUUCAGUCGGCCCAAGAGGACUGAGAGGCCUGCAGGGGUCACCAGGACCACUGGGAGACAUCGGACCAGAGGGGCUGCAGGGCAAGCAGGGUGAACGUGGACCAGCAGGUCCUCCUGGGAUUCAGGGCGAAACUGGCAUCGGGCUUCCUGGACCAAAAGGUGACAUGGGAUUCCAGGGUCGUCCAGGGCCACCUGGACCACUUGGAGUGGGUGAACCUGGCCCACCGGGACCUCAAGGACCACAAGGUGUUCAAGGAGAAAGGGGACCUCAUGGCGAAGGCUUUCCAGGCCCAAAAGGUGAUCGAGGGCUGGCUGGACCCCGAGGACCCAGAGGACAGCAGGGUGUAGGGACCAAGGGGGAGCAGGGUGACUCUGGGCCCUCAGGUCCUCCAGGUCCCACUGGCCCAAUUGGUGUGGGCAUACAAGGAGAGAAGGGAGUUGAAGGUCCACGAGGUCCACCAGGUGUCAGAGGUGUCCCAGGAGAAGGUCUACCUGGACCUAAGGGAGAUCAAGGUUUGCCUGGAGAGCAGGGUUCUCCUGGAGAGAGAGGCAUAGGGGAACCGGGUGCAAAGGGAGAGCCCGGAGCUGCUGGUUUAGGAGGUCUGCCAGGACUUCCAGGAGAGGAUGGAGCUCCAGGGCAGAAGGGAGAACCCGGGUUACCUGGUAUUAGAGGGUCUGAGGGUCCUCCGGGGAUUGGCACCCAGGGGGAGAAGGGAGACCAAGGUUUGAGGGGCAUCCGAGGGCUACAUGGUCCACCUGGGGUAUCAGGCCCAUCAGGACCAAAGGGUGAACGUGGGGUCCCAGGCCAGCAGGGUCUGCCUGGACAGCCUGGACGCUCCAUAAGUGGGCCCAGGGGAGACAUUGGUCCUUCUGGACCCCCUGGCCCAAUCGGUGAAACAGGUCUUGGUCUUCCUGGUCCCAAGGGUGAUCGAGGCCUACCUGGUCCAGCCGGACCAAUUGGUCCAAAAGGCGAAGGCAGCCCUGGCCCUGUGGGUCUUCCUGGGCUACCAGGCUUGCAGGGUGAGCCCGGCCAAGAAGGAGUGGGAAUUCCAGGACCAAAGGGUGACGUUGGUUUUAGGGGACCACCAGGUCUUCCUGGGCCACCUGGCGAGGGUAUCCAAGGACCACCAGGAAAUGCAGGAAGACCAGGGCCCCCUGGACCAAAUGGACCCGCAGGAGAGGGCAUUCAAGGUCCAAAGGGUGACCAAGGAACACAAGGUAUGACCGGGCCUAGAGGACCUGCAGGACAAGGCUUACCUGGACCAAAAGGUGACCGUGGGUUACAGGGUGAAAGAGGACUGAAGGGUGCAAAAGGAGAUUUAGGCGAUCCUGGAAUCACCGGAGAGGCGGGACGACCAGGAAUGAAAGGAGAACCAGGCCUGACGAGAGAAGACAUUAUCAAGCUGAUUAAAGAAAUCUGUGGAUGUGGCGUCAAGUGCAAAGAGCGACCGAUGGAGCUGGUGUUCGUCAUCGACAGCUCCGAGAGCGUCGGCCCUGAGAAUUUCGAAAUCGUCAAAGACUUUGUCACCAGAUUGGUGGAACGGACAACAGUUGGACGCAACGCCACAAGGAUUGGAAUGGUCCUUUACAGUCUGGAUGUUCAUUUAGAGUUCAACCUGGCUCGCUACAUGAGCAAGGAAGAUGUCAAGCAGGCCAUCCGGAAGAUGCCCUACAUGGGUGAGGGCACGUACACCGGCACUGCCAUCAGAAAGGCCACCCAGGAAGCUUUCUUUAGCGCCCGACCGGGUGUCAGGAAAGUAGCCAUCGUCAUCACUGAUGGUCAGACUGACAAACGGGAGCCUGUGAAGCUUGAUAUCGCUGUGCGGGAGGCUCAUGCCGCCAACAUUGAAAUGUACGCUUUGGGGAUUGUAAAUUCCACUGAUCCAACGCAGGCUGAGUUCUUGAGAGAGCUUGAUCUCAUCGCUUCUGACCCUGACAGCGAACACAUGUAUCUUAUUGAUGAUUUCAACACACUCCCAGCGCUGGAGUCCCAACUGGUCAGUCAGUUCUGUGAAGAUGAAAAUGGAGCUCUGAUCUACAACCGUGUCACAAAUGGACACUGGAACGGCAACAAUGGACAUGGACAUGACGUAAAUGGUAACCAUGUCAAUGGCCAUGGCAAUAACGGUCACAGCUUUGGCUAUAACGGAAAUAGCCGCAAUGGUUUUGUCUACCAAGAGGACCUCCUACACCAGAGACGCACCAGCAGCCGAGGCAGAGGAGACACCUUCACACUGCCCAUCAGUUCCGAUCCCCUUCCUAUCCAGGUCGUAGAGGAUGAUGAUGGUGAAGAUCUAGAUUUAAGGGCACAGGUGAGGGGCAGCAGCAAUGUGGCGUUAAUCAACAAAACUGGAUCGUCCUUUGCUGUGAGAGAGAAAACUGCGUCAAAAGCAGUAGUGUCAUCAUCGUCGUCAUCAUCAUCAUCCUCAGUUGUGAAAAUUGUGGAAUCAAAUAAGUUUCAGCCAGACGAAGUUCAAGCUCCUGCCUUGGAUCCACGUUGUAACCUCAGCUUAAACCAGGGAACUUGCCGUAAAUACAGCGUCCAAUGGUACUAUGACAAGCAGGCAAACGCCUGUGCUCAGUUCUGGUAUGGAGGCUGCGGUGGAAAUGACAACCGUUUUGAAACCGAAGCAGAAUGCAAGAAGACAUGUGUCCUAUCAAGAACAGGAUGA